UUGGCGUCUGUGAUGCUUGUUUUGCGUUUGUGACGACACAGAUGAAUUCCGUUCGUAGAUGUUUAAUUUGUUUAAAGAACUGUCUGCUGACGCCUUUUUCUCCCCGUGGUGAAGUAGGAGGUUGACUUGUAGGUUUGUAUUUUGAACCAGCGGUAGCCAAAAACCUUUUCGAUUUCUGACGUUUUCGUUAGACCGAAGCGGCCUGGCAAGAAAACAUGGGUUGUAUUAAUAGCAAGAUGUGUAUCCGAGUUCCACGGAAAAAGAAGAAAAGCAUCGCAAAACAAGGGACACCUGUUAAGGCGAUCAACAGUGCUCAUGAUGGAAAUGGAAAACUCCCCAAGGAGGACCAAAGCCCCAGCCUGAAGACACAGCUGGAAAAGUAUGAGUGGCAGCUUAAACUCCUGCAUACAGUACUGGCAGCCUCAGGGAUUCAAGAGCGAGAGCAACUGCUGCAGGAGCAUCAGAAUGGAGAUCUUUGUAUGCUGGUCCACAGCAUUACUCAGAAGGUUAAGACUGAAACCAUUGCUCAGCUGCUUGCUCUUCAUGAGGAGCAGAUGAGAAACUGUGCAGAGCAACACCAGAAGAAAGCAGAAGAGAUGCAGCACUUACACAGUGCUGAGAGGAGUACUUUAGAGGAAUUUCACAUGGCAUCUAAAUGUGCUCUGAAGGAGCAGAUUGACAUGCUCACAGCAGAUCUGAAGAUGUUCACGGAGAUAAAACAGCGUGUGAAGGAGUCAACACUAAACAGAGAUCUGCAGAGAAACAUUCAGACGCAUGGCAGCCCUGGUGCAUUCUGGGAACAGGAGCAAGAGAGUCUGCUCUUCGUCAUCGAGAUGAAGAAAGAACGUUUACAGAAGCAGGGAGACAAGCUGCGGCAGAUGGAGGCACUGAUCGAAAAAAACUUUGCUCUGGAGGCCCAGGUCAAGCAAGUUCUAUGUCAGAACGAGGACCUCAGAGUUCAGAUAGACAACUAUCAAGCACUCGUACGGCAAUUAUCCAAGGAGCAGAGUGAGCUGCAGGAGGCCUUCAAGAAGCAGUCUUUGCAGGGCCAGAAGAUGACUCGGGAGAAAGAGGAGCUCCUCUUUACUCUCCAUGAUGAAGACUCCUGUUGCAGCAGGAGUAAACAAGGAGUAGACAAGAUGUCUACUCUGGCAGCCAUGGUCCCUGCAGAAGUGUCUCCCAGCUGACCCACACUCAUCCCUACUACCUCAUAGACUUUACCAGCCCAUGCCUGCUGAGACCUCCAGGGUUUACACCUCAGUGGCUCUGUUUCACUCUGCUGUUGGCUUCCAAGUCGCCAAUUUUGAAAUCAUUUUUUGUAUUUUAAAUUGUUUUAUGUCAUUUUAGUUGUAAUGUUCCAUUUUGGAAUAACGUUGGACUUGGCAUUUAUAACAGAUGUGUUCAUUAAAUCUGUUACUGUUAUAGAGAUUUUGGGCCAGUUUAUUUGUUGUAUUUGGCAUAAUGUACUGGAAUUAGACAGGUAGUAGAUUCUUUCUUUUUAUUUUUAUUUUUUUCCUGGCCAAAGAAAAUCCUUAUUGCCUUAUAACCCUGUAGCAGCCAAAAGCACUUUUAAGUGUAGUUUAAAGCAACAUCCCCCCCCCCCCUUGUUUUCAGAUGCACUGGCACUUUUACAGCAGUAUUUUCGUGUGUGUAUAUGUAUAUGGGACUGUGGGAUUCUGUGUCUUGUUGGCACAUGCCAAACUAGUAUGUCUGCAUGCCUCCACCUAUGGACAUGUGCACAUGUUGAUUUUGAGCACCUUGAAGUUAUGGUAAUGGAAAUUUAACUAGUGGCUUACUGAAGAAACCUAAUGUUCGGGAUUUAGGCCAGUAUGAACGGCCCCUGGGAGAGAACUUCACCGUAAUGGACAACAUGAAGAGCAGCCCUGGGUACAUGCUGGAGGGCUCCCCUUCUGGAUUUAUGCUUCCCAUUCUGUGUAGACAAGUGCAGUAAUGAAUUGGACAAUGCAUUAACAUUUUUGUCAAAGUAGCAGUUUGAAAGUUUUUCGCUCUUAUUGCCUUCUUUUAUGGCCUGUUGCCCUGUUUUUGUAUGAGUUCUGUUUUGUACAUUUGUUCUAAAUAAGUGCCUUUUGAAAUUAGCUGUAUUAAGACAAUUAAGUCUCAAUAAACACUACAUCCAAAGUGUUUGUAAAAUCCAUGGAGUAUUUGAAUGCUGUGACGAGUUGUCUGACGUCUGAGAUGGGUUGUUUUUUGUUUUUUUUAAAUUAAAGGAGUGACC